UUUUUUAUUGCUCGCGGUAUAAGAUAGGCAGGGGUGAUUCGCUGUAAACAGCAAGUUAGCUAUGGAGAGAGAGAGAGAAUCCAAGUUUAAGAGGAUUUGCGUUUUCUGCGGCAGUAGCCAGGGGAAGAAGAUUAGCUACCAGGAUGCUGCUAUUGAACUCGGGAAGGAGCUGGUUUGCAGAAGCAUUGAUCUAGUCUAUGGAGGUGGGAGUGUUGGAUUGAUGGGAUUGGUUUCCCAAGCAGUUUAUGAUGGAGGGAGGCAUGUCAUUGGAGUUAUUCCCAAGACACUCAUGCUUCGAGAGAUAACUGGUGAAACUGUAGGAGAGGUGAAAGCUGUUGCAGAUAUGCACCAGAGAAAGGCAGAGAUGGCUCGGCAGUCUGAUGCCUUUAUUGCAUUACCUGGUGGAUAUGGAACUCUUGAAGAGUUGCUGGAGGUGAUAACCUGGGCUCAAUUAGGCAUCCAUGACAAGCCGGUCGGGUUGCUGAAUGUCGACGGCUAUUACAACUCAUUGCUUUCUUUCAUAGACAAAGCUGUGGAAGAGGGAUUUAUCAGUCCAAGUGCUCGGCAUAUCAUAGUCUCGGCUCGAACAGCCAAGGAACUAGUCAAGAAACUUGAGGAAUACAUUCCAAGGCAUGAAAGUGUUGCUUCAAAGUUGAACUGGGAAAUAGAACAACUAGAACAGUCUGCAAAAUGUGAGAUCUCGAGGUAGUAGAACCAAAGGCGCAGGAGAUGGAAUCACGUUUUGACCAAAGUGUUGGGAGCAAAUUUGGGGGGCCAAAGAUUGCUUUAUGUAAUGAAGAAAAAAAAAAUGUGUUUUAGGAAAAUUCUUUUGUCCUGUAAAGCAACCCCAACUCUCCUUUAUAUUUAGGUCUUACAUUUUAUGUCUAAAAAGAUAAAAAAAAAUCUGUGGAAUCGCUUUCUCAAGGUCCGCGUGGUUUCUAACUUAUCUAAAUCAAACUCCUGC